CUGCCGCUCUGACAGCAAACAUGUCGAAUGGCGACGCGGUCCACAGCUUGACGGAUCAGCAGGACAAAUGGAGUGUCUACACCGAAACCCGAUCAACGAUCAAAGAACAGCCAUUGAGCAAAGAUGAGCUCGAAAGGACCACAAAGUACUUCCAUGCCUCGCUAUACCUAUGUCUGGGCAUGCUCUACCUCAAAGAGAACCCACUCCUGCAAGAGCCCCUCAAGAAAGAGCACUUCAAGGCGAGGCUUCUGGGACAUUGGGGCAGUGAUGCUGGACAAUCUUUCACCUACAUUCAUAUGAACCGCUUGAUUAAGAAGUACGACCUAGAUGCCUUUGUCAUCAGCGGGCCAGGUCAUGGUGCGCCUGGCCUGAUCUCAAACUUUUAUCUUGAGGGUGUCUACAGCGAAGUAUAUCCAGACAAGGGGGAAGAUAUUCAAGGACUACAGAAGUUCUUCAAGCAAUUCAGCUUCCCGGGUGGAAUCGGCAGCCACAUGACGCCAGAAACUCCAGGUUCGAUUCAUGAAGGUGGUGAGCUCGGAUACUCACUAUCGCACGCUUUCGGCGCUGUCUUCGAUCAUCCAAACACCAUUGCUCUUACUAUUGUGGGCGACGGAGAAUCCGAGACAGGACCUCUUGCAACAUCAUGGCACAGUAACAAGUUCUUGAAUCCAAUCAAGGAUGGUGCAGUUCUUCCAGUCCUGCAUCUGAAUGGGUACAAGAUCAACAAUCCUACCAUCUUGUCACGUAUCUCGGAAGAAGAGUUGACGGCAUUGAUGAAGGGCUACGGAUACACACCUUAUUUUGUUGAGGGUCACGACCUCGACACCAUGCAUCAAGCUAUGGCAGGCACUUUGGAGCACUGUGUGAAGGAGAUUCGCGCAUUCCAAAAGGAAGCUCGUGACUCUGGCAAGGUAUUUAGGCCGAGAUGGCCGAUGAUCGUGCUUCGCUCGCCAAAAGGUUGGACUGCACCUCGCAAGUCAGAAGGCCACUACCUUGAAGGGUUUUGGAGAGCCCACCAGGUCCCGCUCACGAAGGUACACACUGAUCCGGAGCAGAUGAAGCAGCUGGAAGAAUGGCUUCGAUCGUACGAGCCGGAGAAGCUUUUCACCAAAGAGGGCAAGUUUGUGCCUGAACUCAGAGAGUUGGCACCACCAAAGGGAAAGCGUAUGAGUGAGAACCCAAUCACGAAUGGAGGUCUCCUUCGUAAGCCUCUGAACCUGCAGAACUUCCGCGACUAUGCUUUGAAGGUAGACAAGCCUGGUGUUACCAAUGACCAAGGCAUGCUUUACUUUGCAAAGUGGCUGAGGGAUGUCGUGCGAGACAAUCAGACAAACUUCCGCGUCAUGGGUCCUGAUGAGACCGAGAGCAAUAAGCUUUCAGAAAUCUACAAAGCUGGAAAGAAAGCCUGGGUUAAUGGCUACCUUCCUGAGGAUGAAGACGGCGGCAACCUCGACCCUAAUGGACGUGUGAUGGAAAUGCUCUCCGAGCACACCUGUGAAGGCUGGCUCGAAGGCUACAUCCUCUCUGGAAGACAUGGUCUGCUGAACUCCUACGAACCUUUUAUCCACAUCAUCGACUCGAUGGUGAAUCAACACGCCAAGUGGAUUGAGAAGUGCAAUGAAGUAGCCUGGAGGCAGGCUGUUUCGUCACUGAAUAUCCUGCUCACCAGCACUGUCUGGCGACAAGAUCCUGGUUUCUUAGAUGUUGUCGUCAACAAGUCGCCAGAUGUCGUUCGAAUCUACCUCCCCCCUGACGGCAAUUGCUUGCUCUCAACGAUGGAUCACUGCUUGCGCAGCUCGAAUUACGUAAACGUGGUUGUGGCUGACAAGCAGGUUCACUUGCAGUACCUCAACAUGCAAGCUGCUGUGGACCAUUGCACGAAGGGUAUCGGCAUUUGGGACUGGGCUUCAAACGACUAUGGCUGUGAGCCAGACAUCGUCAUGGCGUCUUGUGGAGACGUCGUCACGAAAGAGGCGUUGGCCGCCACUGCACUUCUGCGCGAGCAUCUCCCAGAGCUCAAGAUUCGUUUUAUCAACGUGGUCGACCUCUUCAAACUUAUCCCGCAUGGUUAUCACCCACACGGACUGACAAACACCGAGUACGAGGCCAUCUUCACGAACAACAAGCCUGUCGUCUUCAACUUCCACUCUUACCCGUGGUUGGUGCACAGACUUACCUACAACCGCAAAGGUCAAGACAAGAUGCACGUACGAGGCUACAAAGAGAAGGGCAACAUUGAUACUCCUCUCGAACUUGCGAUUCGCAACGAAGCAGAUCGCUUCUCACUCGCCAUUCUUGCGAUCGACCACUUGAGGGACGUGCUUGGCAACAAAGGUUCGGGACCGAGGGAGAAGCUGGUCGAGCAAAGACUGAGGGCUACUACUCAGGCAUACGAGACUGGACUGGAUCCAGAAGAGCUCACAAAUUGGAGCUGGCCAUACUGAAUGGGUGCGGAAAGGAUGUGGAAUGGUAAAAAGGAAACGGAACGAGUUAUACGAAAAUGGCUCGAGGUCGAUGGUAAUACGAAGAAAGCUUCAAUAAUGAGAUAGAUACAUGAUAAUGAUACCGCACUUGCAAAUUCACCAG